AUGCCUCGUUGUAUGAAAGCUUCAAUUAUCUUUGACGGGAGAUUGCACUUGGAGGCAGCUAAAGCUUUGGAGUAUCUGCAAGGGAAAGUACUGUCGGUAUGUCUCCCGUGGCAGAAAAUAAGGUCAGGUGUGGAAUACAAGCUGGAGGAAGUUGCCAAUGCUUCCUGGAGAGUAGAACUAUUUGCUAAUGCUACCAAGACAGUUGUGGAGCUGAGAAGACCACUGGAAAAGCUGAUGAGAGGAAGGACUAUAAAUCAUGAAAGCCUCACUCAGUCUAGUCUGUCUUAA